AUGGCAAGCCAAUUCCAAUUACGGAUCACACCAGACGAGAUUCACCUCAGCGACCCCGAGAAUCUCGACAAGGUCUACUACGUCCGGUCACGAUAUGGAAAAAGUGCUCCUUUUUAUAAUGGCUUUGGCGUGAACAGCUCGACCUUCUCGACUGCCAGUCAUGAGUUACACCGGGUGAAGCGAGCAGCUUUGAAUCCGUUCUUCUCGCGUAAGAUGGUCUUUGAACUGGAAGACGUUGUUCAACAAAAGGCAAAGAAGCUGGUGACUCGGAUGCAGAAGGCGUUCGUCUCCAGCGGGAGGAUUGACCUUCAUUAUGCAUAUCGGGCCAUAUCCAUCGAUGUUAUCACCGACUACGCAUUCAAUAACUGCUUCAACUCACUGGAUAAGGAGGACUUUGGCGCUGAAUUUUUUACCGUGAUUCGCGAUACAGUCCCUGCAUUGUGGUUCUUCCAACAGUUUUCUUUUCUACACGACUUCGCCCUCAAUAUGCCACUCUGGGCCGCCAGGUUGUGCAACCAGAUGUUGGCGAAGCUGAUGUGUUAUCGUGCGGACUUGAAAGACCAGGUACUUCGCGUACAGGCCUCUGUGAGCAGCGGCGAGAAGGUUGAACGAAAGACGAUUUUCCACCAACUUCUUCGACCAGAUGCCGCAGACGCAUAUACAGUGCCAACCACUAAACAGCUCGCUGAUGAGGCAUAUGUUAUCGUAACCGCCGCGGCAGAUACUACGGGCAAUGCGCUCACUAUUGCGACGUACAACGUCGUGACGAAUCCGAAGAUAUAUGAGCGGUUGACAGCAGAGCUCAAGGAGAGGUUUCCUGACCCUGAAGCAGAAAUGGACUUUGCAGCACUUGAGAAGCUGCCUUAUCUGACUGCUGUGAUCAAGGAGGGACUACGAUUAUCUUUUGGUGUCGUCGGACGGCUUCCACGUGUCGUUCCCCAGCCCGGUGCCGAGUUCAAUGGUUACCAGGUACCAGAAGGGACGGUUGUCAGCAUGAGUUCGUGGAUAAUGCACCACAACGAGGGGCUAUAUCCGAACUCUGAAACAUUCGAUCCCGAGCGCUGGCUAAAUCCUGUCACAUACAAUACGCUGGACAAGUAUCUGUUCGCAUUUGGCAAGGGGACCAGACAAUGUGUUGGCAUGCAGCUGGCUUACUCCGAACUCUAUGUAACCCUUGGUCGAGUAUUUCGGCAAUUCGAUGACUUGAAGACGCGAAAGAGGACCAAGGAGGAGCUCAUCUAUGACGACUAUUUCUCUUCCUACCAUCCCGAAGCAUAUAGCAAGUUUAUAUUUGAGCGUGCGAGUCGAUAG